AUGGCUAAGAAGGCCAAGCUGGACGAGACCCUGGCUGCAGCCCGCCAGUUCAGAGCACUGCUUCGGCAGCAGCUCCAGAAAGCCUUCGCGUCACAGUCUUGUUUAGAGGAGGCCCCGGUGGCGUCGAGCUGCUGUUGCUGUGGGCAUAGCGACGUCGGCGUGGUCAGGAUGGUCGCAGCCUUUCAAGAUUCUCAACGGUGGUGUCUCGGCGCUGAUGGCGGAGUCGACAACGAGCAUCGGCGGGCUACUCGUAGGACCCUUGUAGGAGACCAUCCUCAAGAUCGACGAGAAGAUGAGGUCUGGACCCUUGUAGGAGACCAUCCUCAAGCAGCUCUAGAUGAGUUGGAUAAUGUGCUCUUUUUUGUUUGCAAAAUGAAGGACGCUGCAUCCAGGAAUUAUGUGCUCAUAGAUUUUAUUGUUCUUGAUAUUGAUUGGAAUCCGUCUUGUCCAAUAAUUCUUGUUAGACCGUUUUUAUGCACUAUUGGUGCGGUGAUUGAUAUGAAAGAAGGCAAUAUUAAGUUCCAAUUUCCUUUGACGAAGGGUAUGGAACACUUCACUAGAACAAGAAUUAGCCCACCAUAUGAAUCAAUCAUGAGGGCAUCCUAUGGAUCUCGAAACAAAGAUGACAAAACUUAG